AUCCAUGCUUACCAUCGUCCACUUCGCCUUUUGGAGAACCGGCGCAUAAUACACAUUGCUUCUUUUUGGGGUAUUUUUGAGUAAUUUCUUUUACCAUUUAUUUCAAAAGAUUGAAUUGGUGACUCAAAAUUCAUAUUAACGGGUUUACUUUUGCUUUUUCCUCGUUCACCCAUUCAUCCAUUCACUGAUCUAUUGUAAAUCAUCGACGUCGUCGUCUUUCUGCUUAUACUUGUUGUACUUUUGGCGUCGCAUUUUUCAAUUCCUUUUUUCCAGACUGUUGUUUGCCUUAUAGUCUCUACUCUCCUUUGCUUUAUACUUGGUUUUUUUAUCAUCAUAGCGAUAGUAUCUCUCUCGGCCCUUGAUAUCAUCUAUCGAACCCGCCGUCUUACCGUGGUACCUUCUACCGUUCUUGCUUACUGAUCCAAAUUCAGAAUUUUUUUUUUCUUCUUCUUCUUCUUUUUCGUUUCCCUUUUCCCUUUCUUCCUCUUCUGUCAAGGAAAGUCCUUUGUCGCUUUUUUAUUCCACUGUACUGUUUUGCUUGUUUUUGUGAGCUCUGGCUCUUUCAGACGUACUAGCAUACACCUCUCUCUCUCUCUCUCCCUCUCUUUGUGUGUGUGUAUCACAAGCUGUCCUUUGUUGGAUUGUUUGAAAACUAUCGCAAGAGUAUCAUUACGGUAUAUAUCUUGACUUUGAAUUCUUACGAACCACUCUUUCGCUCGUAGAAGAAUUGAUUGUUUUUGUUUUCUAUUUUGCUUUUUAUUUUUUUUUCUUACCCAUUUUCUUUUUGACGUUGGAAUUGCUGCAACUAAUUCAAACGACUGUUUUAUUCCCAACGACCGUUGCUGAUCACUUCUUCCAAAACUUUGACUUUGCCUUUUUUAGUGACUUGUUUCCUUUGUUUUUUUGUCAACGUUCAGCAUCUUUCCCUUUCUUCUCUUUUCCUGGCUUUUCUAUAUUGACAGUGCCCUAGAUGACUUCUAUCCAUUCUGAACAGGGAUCGGCUGCAGAACCUAGCCUUGAGGAUCCUUCCACAACUCCUCACAUACAAGACAGCCCCUCAAUUAAGCAGUCAACACCACAGGAUCUGCCAACGCAAUCCGAAAAUGGACUUGUUGACCACGAACCCUCUGAUGACAAUCAUCCUUCUUCCUUGGAUGGUCCUUCCAACAAUAACCGUUCCUCCGUUCCCAUCAUUAGCGAGCCCGCUUCCCAUGGAAAAACAACUCUAUGGAUGGGCGAACUCGAGCCUUGGCUCAACGAGUUGUAUAUUCAACAAGCUUGGGCCUCUCUUGGACACAACGUUAUUGUCAAGCUGAUUCAAAAUAAAUAUACUGGCCUUAAUUCUGGUUACUGCUUUAUUGACUUUAGUACCCAUGAAGAAGCCAAAGCUGCCAUGGAAUAUAAUGACAAACCCUUUCCAGGGACGAAUCGCUUGUUCAAACUCAAUUGGGCUUCUGGAGGAGGCAUUGGUGAUCGUUCGUCUAUCAAAGCUCCUGAGUAUUCUCUUUUUGUCGGUGAUUUGUCUCCCGUCGUAACCGAACGCAUGUUGUUUUCCUUGUUUGCUUCCGACUAUCCUUCCUGCAAAUCCGUCAAAAUUAUGACCGAUCCUAGUACCCGUAAUUCUCGUGGUUACGGCUUUGUCCGAUUCACCGACGAGACCGAACAAAAAAGUGCUCUAUCCACAAUGCAGGGAAAGAUUUGUGGAGACCGUCCCAUCCGAGUCGGGAUCGCCACUCCAAAAUCCAAGGCACAAGUCAUAAGUCCUGUUGGCUUAAUGCCUGUUAAUCUUCAACCCAUGGGUUUUUACAAUCCACCCCAGUCUUUGCCGCAACCUAUGCCGCAGCCUGUUCCCCAGUACCCUGAUACUACCAACUCAACUGUUUUCGUGGGCAGUCUUUCAAAAAAUGUUUCCGAAAAUGACCUUCAUGCUUUGUUUCAAAACUUUGGUGAUAUCACGUAUGUGAAAAUCCCUCCAGGAAAAGGCUGUGGAUUUGUGCAGUUUGUAAGCCAUCAGUCAGCAGAAUUGGCCAUAGCUCAAUUACAAGGAUAUCCCCUUGGGAAUUCUCGUAUCCGUCUCUCUUGGGGAAGAAACCAAAAUUCAUCGCUGAAUCCUCCUCCUGUGGUAGCUUAUCACUCACAAGUUUCGCCUGCUCCGGUGCCUGCUGCUCCAAUUUUUCCUACCGUUGGUUUGCCUACCCAGGCCCCAUUCAGUCCAUUUGGGGCAAUGACCCCUUCUCCAUUACCGGUCCCUGGUGUCGCUCCCAUGAAUUUAGAGGUCCCCAUGCAGCCUUCUAGUUAUCUUCCUGAACAAGCAUACGCCCCAAGUCCGUCAAAUCCAAUGUCCCCCGGCACAGUUACACCUAUUGACGAAGCUUUUCCCGCUAUGAGACACUAAUCGAAGGCAAACAUCCUUUUCCAACCAUUUCAUAAUCUAUAUUACUGGUUCUUGUUUAAUUAUUUGCUUCAUAUUCUAUAGCUUUAAUUCGUCCAACCUGGUGGCAUGCUUUACAAACUUAUAAUUUCGCAUUGCAUAAAAAGGCAAUUCUCUUAAAGAUUUACUGGCCUAGUGGCAAGUGAAAAAAGAAAAAGCUCAAAAUAGCCAAAUGUUGAGAAGAUGAUGUCGUACAUUUUACUUUACAAGGCUAAGAAUUGGAACUUUCCCGUGUAUUCAUUUUCCGUAAUUGAGAGAAGGUGAAAGAUCCCAUCGGUAAUUACUGUGUUUCUAAAGGUCCUUUCACUGAGUCUCUUCUGCCAUGAAACAGGUAUGGUUUAUAUCUACUUCAAUUAAUUUCUUUCUAUACUAGCUGGAGUUAGCGUAGACAGAUACUCAUUGUUUUUCCUUCUAUUCAACGUAGAAUCCCUUCUAGUUCAUAUAAUAAUUACAGGCAUCAAUAUUUGGAAGACGGUAAUCGUGUUUUUGGUUCAUGAUGGACUUUCUGUCUUUGAUAAUCAUGGUUAUUAAUUAAUCUGGUUUUAAGCUUUUCGAAAAUUUUUUUACGUUGCGUAUCCCGCUCAUGAAGACAUAGUUCUUGGUAUACAAUAAGGGUUUGUUAUAUUCACGCAUGCGAAUUUUCCUUUUUGGUUAUGAUCUUCUUUAUUGCUGUAAGAUUUGUUUGAUCGUGAUGCUUUUUACCUUUCCUUUAAGGGAACCGAAAGCGUAAGCAGCAGUUUGUAUCUUAUACAACUUAGAUUUAAUAUUAUAUACGAUGAACAGA